AUGGGAUCCCACCAUGCUCCAGAGCCAGACACCGUUGCCCACAGUCGAACACUGAUCGCAAUAGCUACUGGAACAAUAACGCUUCUGGCCUCGUUAUCCGUUAUUCUGCGUCUUGCUUCACGGAUCCUUAACCGGCUCGGGGUGCGCUGGGAUGAUUGGGCUUGUGUCGGAGCCCUAGUAUUCGCGUACGGCUAUCUAGCCACCACUAUUGUUGCUGCAGUUCUUGCGGCGGAUAGAUUGUUAUACCAGCCUUGGGAGCAUGGCUUUUCACACAUUGCCUUCUAUCUACAGCAACUCAUCCUCCCAAACAGCAUCCUCUACAACACCAGCGUCUCCCUGUGCAAAAUCUCAAUCCUCCUCUUUUACACUCGGAUCUUCUCGACGUCGCGGCCCUUGCAAAUGACAGUGUACAUCGUCGCUGCCUUCAUAGCCGCAUACUGGAUUUCGGUUAUCUGCGGGAGUAUAUUCAUGACGGACCCCAUUGAAGCGCAGUGGAAGAUGUGGAUUUCACACCGACGGAUCAAUACGUUCCGGUUCUACCUAACAAUGGGGGUCGCGAACACGGUUCUCGAUCUAGUUGUGCUGGUGAUUCCACAGCCUCUGGUAUGCGGGUUGCAGAUGGGCCGGAGGCAGAGGGUUUCGGUGUCGUUUGUUUUUGCGUUGGGCGGGUUUGUGUGUAUAGCCAGCAUAGUGCGUAUCUACUUCAUUGCGACGAUGAAUAUGAGCGAUGCACAUUACACUCAUACCAACGCGACGCUCUGGACCAUGAUCGAGAUGAACACGGGCAUCAUCUGCACCUGCCUCCCGAUGCUGCCUGGCUUCGUGCAGUAUUUCCAUCGCCGGUAUUUCGCGAGGAAAAGCAGCACUGCUGCCACCGAGGGGGCACUCGUGUCGAGAGAUAUGACUUAUAGUCCUCUACCACAUCACGUCGAGGAGGGGAGUUCAGUCAGGGAAGCAUAG